UCUCUCUUCGUUACUGGCAAUAUUCUCCACCGCGAUAUCUCUCCAAACAACAUCAUCACCACGGACCCUGAAACAGCAGAUGGCUUCAAGGGCAUGCUGAUCGACCUUGACAUGGCUAAAGCACGAAAUAGCGGCCCAAGCGGAGCGCGACAAAUAACUGGCACGAUCCAGUUCAUGGCGAUCGAAGUAUUGCGCAACAUCAACCACACAUACCGUCACGACCUCGAAUCGUUUUUCUAUGUCCUGCUUUGGAUGUGUGUGCGUCAAUCAUGGAGUAACGGAUUUUCCAGAAAGAACGAGAAGGCACCUAAGGAGAGCUUUCUUCAACGAUGGGAGGUCGGAAGUUUCAGUCAGAUUGCUUUGAAUAAACAAGGCGAUAUAUCCGGUGGGUUUGAAGAGAUUUUAAAGGAGUUUCCAGAGUCGUUGAACAUUGUUAAAUCGCUUUGUCAGAAGAUUAGGAAGAUCCUUUUUCCCUUAGGCGAAGAUGAAAGUGUAAACAUUGGAACCCCCGCAGGAGAUCUAGACUAG